AUGAUAAGAUCAAGAUUAACAAGAGAAUGUCAACUAUUCAUAAACCAAUAUAGUAAUACCCAAAUACGAUGUAUAUCCUCAUCCAGAUUCAAACGUCCCAGUGGACCCAAUAAACGAUCAUCAAAACCCUUCCCCAAACAUCGAUUCAAAUCACAACCAUCCACCAAAGGCACAUCCACCACGCCGCUUGAACCAGCCCCGGAAACGAGUGUCUUCUCAUUCGGGAAAUUCUCACAAUUAGCCCCCACCAAGACAGCUAAAGAAGUCUCGAUUAAAUCGGUCCCCAUUGAUAAAAUUGAUAAUUUUGAUCAAUUGAGGAUUUUUCCUACCGUUAGGGAUGUCAUGAUUCAAGAAAUUAAGUCACAAUAUUUGAUAAAAGGUCCCAGAAGGAGUCUGAUCGAGGGGGUGGAGAUAAAACCGACCCCAGUGCAGAUUGCCACGAUAAGGAAGUUGAAUCAGACUAGGACGGUGAAGAAGGCGAAGAAUGUGGAAGAAGAGGAGGUGGAGAUGAAGAAGGAUGAGGAGACGGAGAAGAAGGAACAAGAACAAGAAGAGAUUAGGACGAAGGUGUUUACAGUUGCUGCUGAGACUGGAUCGGGUAAGACUUGGGCAUAUUUGAGUUCAAUCUUGACGAAAUUGAAACAAGAUGAUUUUAAAUUAUUUCAAGAAUUAAAUGGUGAGGUAGAUGAGUAUUAUAGACUGAAGAAAAGAGGGGAGAGAGUGAGGUCGAUGAUUUUGUUGCCGACUCAAGAAUUGGUUGAACAAGUCUAUCAAGUCUUGCAACGCGCUGGUUCAUAUCCUAUUGAUUAUGAGAAAUUGAAUGUACCGGGGAAUUAUAACAAGUUUUUGGAAUUACAGGAGAAUGAAACAUUAGGACUUAAUGUUAUGAAAUUUGGUACUGGUGAUGCUCCUAAGGUUUUAUUUGAUGCUUGUGGACAAUAUGGAACUAUUGAUGUCUUGGUGACUACUCCGGCUAAGAUUGCUAGUUUUGAAAAUUUAAAUAAUUUCGGGAAACCAUAUCGAAUUUUUAAAAAUUUGCAAUAUUGUGUGGUAGAUGAAGCUGAUACAUUAUUUGAUAAAUCUUGGAUUGAAGAUACUACUAAUAUUAUUAAAAUCUUACCAAAUUUACGAGAUUUAAUUAUGGUUUCUGCUACAAUCCCCAAAAAUUUCCAAACUACUUUAAACAAACUCUUCCCAAAAGUAGGUAAGAAAAACAACUUAAUCUAUGCCGUCACUCCACAAUUACAUAAAAUCCCUAGAACCAUCAAAGUCUCCGUCUUGGAUGCUGAACAAUCCCCAUAUCAUGGAUCUAAAUCCAGAUGUUUAGCCCAGGCAAUAUAUGCCAUAUCAAAAGAUGGAACCGAACCAGGAUUAAUUAAACGUAUUUUAAUCUUCGUGAAUCAAAAAUCUGAUGUUCAACCAGUUGUUCAAUCCUUAGUUGAGAAAUAUAAAUUCCCGGCAGAAGAUAUCGUGGGGAUAGAAGGUAGUAUACCCGUACAACAACGUUUGGAACUCUUGCAGCCAUUUCUCCAGCCUGCCGAGAUUUUGGAUCCGGAGAAUACAACGUCUAAUAUCAAGGUGUUGGUGUGUACGGAUUUAAUGGCGAGGGGGAUGAAUUUUGUGGGGAUCAAAAAUGUUAUAUUGUUUGAUUUGCCGAAUUCAUCGGUGGAUUUGGUGCAUAGGUUGGGUAGAACUGGAAGAAUGAGACAAUCGGGGAGAGCAUUUGUUAUUGUGGAUAGAAGGACAAGGAAGUCGUGGAUAAAAGGGUUAGGAACUGCUGUACUUAGAAAUAUGACCAUUGGAUAG